CACAGUCAAAAAAAACGGCUCCGAGUGAACAGACGUGCGCGCGCGCAAACAGUGGAAGUAAAAGUAGAAGCAGAAGCAAAGCAGAAGCUGAAAUCGAAAAUCGAAAGAGAGGCAAGAGAUCGGAUCUCCCACUCACACUCGCAGUUGCGCUCGCGCCAGAAAAAGUUUUACCAAUCAAGUUUUUUAUUUCGCAAUAAAACAAAAAGAAAAAACAAAACUUCAACCUAGUUAAAGUUAAUGUUGAUGUUGUAGUUGUAGUUGUGGUUGUGCCGUUGUAGUGAACUUUUGUGUCUGUGUGCAUUGGUAUUGUGGAUUUUGGUGUAAUUGUGUUGGUGGAUAUUUCUUGCGUUGCGUCGCAGAAGAAGAAGCAGCAGCAGGAAAAGCCAUAGAGAAAUCGAAAAUCCGCUCCUGUGAGAAAUUAGCAUUCAAGAUAAAGAAAGGAUAUAGUCGAAAACAUAAACACAACAUGAUCAAUGAAAUCGAAAGUUUCCAGUGAGCAGCAGUAUGCAUAUAGCCGAUCGCAAAGAAUAAGCGAUCAGAACAAACAGUGUAAAAGUGAGUGACUCUAUUCGUCCUGGGAUUAAUUAACUGCUGAUCAACCAACUUAAUGAAAGAGUUUCAAAGAAUGUUGAUGUUGCAAUACAGCAAGCAUGGCGAGUGCAUACUCAAAGAAAUCGGAGCAGCCUUCAGAGGGGAGCACCCGGCGGACCUGACUAUCGUCUGCGAGAACAAAGUGAAGCUGCACGCCCACAAGUUGGUCCUGGCGGCCGCCAGUCCGCUGAUAAGGAACCUGCUGGAGGACACCCACUUGAGCGACUGCUCUACCACCGUAUACUUUCCCGACGUGAAUGCCACCUACUUCAAGUUCCUGCUGGACUUUCUGUACUCCGGUCAGACGUGCAUUACAUCGCGGGAUGUGAACUAUCUGCACGACCUGCUGCUGUUGCUGCAGAUCAAGUCGGACAGCUGGAAGACGACUGACUCCGCCUAUCUGAGCAAUAAGUGCGGCAGCCUGCGUGAUCGGGCGGACAGGCGAAAACAGCAGUACGCUAGCCCACAGAAUUUGGAGCCGGAUCAGACGCUUAAGUACGAGGUAGACAGCGUGGAUGAGUCUCGUAACGCGGCUGACUUCUCGUCCGCCUUCAACUCCGGAGACAACUGCGAGAGUGCGCCCGAAUGCGAGCGGAGUGGCGCCCACAACAAGGAGGAGGAGGAAGACGACUGCACCCAAAAGGACAAUAAAAGCGACAAAGACACGGACGAAAUAGUAAAUCUCUCGAAUGCUCCGCCCAGCGGCACCAGCGGCAGCAACAGCAACAUCAGUAGCAACAGCAACCACCAGCAGCUUCAUCACCACAAUCACAACAACAAUAAUAAUAAUAACAAUAACAUCAGCAGUUCAGCUAUAAAUCCCGUCAACCUUUCUCUCGAUCUUCGGACGAAAAGCGAAAACUUGGCGAACAGAACCUUGGGAUCCGGAUCAGACCACAGCGGCAUUGACCUAGCAGUGACAGCAAGCGAAAGCACAAAACGCAAGGGUCUUUUCUUCGAUUCGCACAAGGAUGUUAUGAAGCCACUGUCGGAUGGCUCUGAUAUCAACAGCUCACCAGAGAACUAUGUGGUAACACCGCACCGGAAGCGUCGACCCGGAUUCCACAACACGCAAAGUGACAAUCAGCCGUUCACCUCGUACCCUCACAGUUUGUUAGAGGAACUGCGCCUAGCCAAGUCGACGACAUCGCCCAUUUCGGGUUUUGGGUCUGAGAAGAACAUGCUAGCGCAUUUGGAGGACGGGGCCCUUAACGGGGACACACUUACGCCGGACAGGAAGCACCUGCUAGAGGGACAGCGCAAUCGAGCCCAGAGCCCCGAGAUGCCAAUGCAUUUGGGUCCGCAGUUCGUGUACCAGUGGCAGUCAAACCAAAAUGCAGCCAUGUCCGCAAUGCCCAAUCUACAGUCGCGACUCUCUAGUCUGUCGCAUAUAAGCCUUAAUCUAGACCAUCCGGAGGGACGCAGUGGGUCCGCAUCUGGAUCGGGAUCGAACAUGGCCGGAAGCAAUACGCACGCCUCCUCGGUGCGGGAGUACAGAUGCGAGUACUGUGGAAAACAGUUCGGCAUGUCCUGGAACCUCAAGACUCAUCUGCGCGUGCAUACCGGCGAGAAACCGUUCGCUUGCCGCCUCUGUGUGGCUAUGUUUAAGCAGAAGGCUCACCUACUGAAGCACCUGUGUUCGGUACAUCGAAACGUCAUCACUACCACCAACGGGACGGACACGGAGAAUCGAUAUAGCUGCUGCUUCUGCUCCAUGUGCUUCGAGUCGGUCCAGGAGCUCGUUCGCCACCUCUCUGGCCACCACAACAACCUGCUGCUGACCAAGAAUCUGCGCGAAUAAUGUGCUGAGCUUCGGCAUUCGCAUCCGAGAGCAUCCCAUCUGUCCGAUCCGAACCAAGGCGAUUCCGAGGCGAUCCGCGGGACGGACAACUGCAAAGAGACCUGAAUUUUAAAUAAUAGCAGUAGCAGAUUUAAUUGCCUAUUGUAUAAAUAUGUAAAAUCUAAAUUUAAAUUGUAAGUUUACAACGCAACACAUUCACGCGACUUUGCUCGAUCAUAUUUCACCCAACACCAACGGCUUGGAGCUCCAUAUCCGAAUCCGCAUGAUCCUCGAUCCUUCCGAAUGCGCACCACGGAGGCCACUCACGUUGUUUUCUCAUUUAAGUUUUAUUUGACAUUCAAUCCAAUCCCCCGCAAAUGCACUUCCACUCCCACUACGACCCCCAAUUCUUUUUUAAGCGGCUGGUCCAUUUACAGUGGAGCACUUAUUUGUAAGCAUAUGUUUAUACGCAAGGUAUUUUAAUUUCUAUUGUAUUUUCAACCCGUCUUAAAUGAACUUCAUUACCUAAAAACCUAAAACUUAAUUUUUUAAUAGUUCGAUACACGCUUUUUUUAAGGAUUUUACAUAUUCCCUCCUAAAAUCGCCAAUUAAAGUGUGUAUAAAGUGUACAGUAUACAAGCUCGUAAUAAAAUCAGAAAAGCAUUUCCGUUUUGUUUAUACUUUUUCAAUCAUUUUUAGAAAUAUAUUCUAUGUUAAACUGA